AUAGCAUAGGUAUGUACCCCGGAGUGGAACAUUUUAAUUCAAAUAUAAAAUGGAAAUUUGAUGACUCACCAUGCAUGGAAGAUGAUAAUAUAUCAAAUUUGGAGCAUAAUCUCGACCGGAUUCGCAGUUUGAGCCAGGAAAAAAGUUUUAGUGGUUAUGGCUUAAAGGAAAAUGACAAUUUAUUAGAAGUGGAAGUAAAUGAUAUAGUUGAAGAUGAUUCAGACGAUGGUAAAGAUUAUAAUAUGAGUGUUCAUGAUAAUUUCGAUGAUAAAAGUGAAUAUGGGUUAGCACAUAAAUUUUCUCGAAAUUCCUCAGUUUCUAAUAGGGAACUUGAUGUUAUAAAAGAGAGCUCUAGAAGCUCAAGUGAUACUGAAGUGACAUUGACGCGAUGACUUCCGAAGGUAACUUUUCAUAGAGCAGUGAAUAUUGUGCAUUUAGAGAACUCUCCGGAGCAAAGAAUGCGUUGUAAGUAUUAGGUAUGCGUAAGUGAAACGUAGUUUGUGUUAAAAGUAGAUUAUCAUAGUAGGUACUAGAAAUAAAUUGUAUUGAGUAAGUAUGAGGACCACUAGAACCAGGUCUAUUUUUAAAUGAUUCUGUAGUAGACCUUAUUUUUACGUAAUAAAGAAACGCGGACGUGAUAAUAUCUUAUUUAUAAAAAUCUACACAGUAUGUAGAUGUAGUAUUUUAUGUAAAUAUUGUAACUAUUCAUUAAAUGUUUAAGGAUAAAUUAUUAUAAAUGUAGGAAGUAUGCGUUUUGUGAUGUUAAUAUAUAUUUUUAUUUAUCUUGAGCAUUAUUCAAAAAAUAAAAUCAAAAAGUAUUGGUUGUCAUUAUUAAAUAGACACUUUGAUUCUUAAUUUAUCGUGUGGCAAUUUUUUGCUAAACUGAAAG